AUGUCCAAAUGCGACAUGAAUAUCAUAAAUGAAGAAAUUGUUGAUGAUUCAGAGGAAUACAUUACCAAUCAUCAAGUCUAUAAAAAUUUACGUCGACGUUCUGCUUCAUUAGCACUUAGUCUUACAAUAUUACUUCCUCUUUUAUUAUUUUUCUUUAAUAUUUCUUGUACACCAAGACGUACUGUUAUUGAAUCUCUUCGAUAUAUUUAUGGUAUGAUAGUAUUUGAUUUAGAUUGUUUGGCGAUUGUACUUGGAUGGUUACUCAUUCAAUUGAUUUUCUUGAUACCGAUUAGAAAUAAAUUUCAUGGACAAUCAGAUAUGAUAUCUUCUUAUCGUCAUAAUGGCAUAGUAGCUUUUGUUUUUUCUCUCAGUGGAAUUUAUUUAUUAAAUUGGUUGAAUGUUAUUCGUGCAUCUUAUGUCUAUGAUAACAUCAAUAAGAUUCUUCUAGCUUCAAUAAUUGUCUCUGGUUUAAUUAGUCUUUUAUUAUAUAUGAAAGGCACUGGAAAUCGUCAUUUAAAACAAAUUAAUCCGAUAAUAGCUUUUUUCUAUGGCACUGAUAUUAAUCUAACGAUUGCUGGUAUUAAUCUAAAAUUAUUCCUUGAAUUGCGUGUAGGUUUAAUUGGCUGGGCUGUUUUAAAUCUUUGUUUUUUUCUUAAAACAAUGGAAUUAUAUACAUAUCGUCGAUUAUCUGCUUGUGUUUUAAUUAUUAUUCAACAAAUUCUACAUGCUUUACAAUUAAUUUGGUAUGAAGAAGAUCAUUGUAUAAAUGAUAAUAGAAAAAAAGAAACAAUUGGAUUUCUACAUAUUUUUGGUUCUCUUUGUUGGUUUCCUUUUCUCUGGUGUUUACCUUGUCAAUAUUUGACACUUGUUAAUUAUCCAAUUAAAAAUUUAUACAUCAUUGGUUCGAUGAUAGUUUUUAUUAUUGGCAUGUUUAUGUAUCGAGCAAGUCAUAAACAACAAAAAACAUUAAAAAAAUUAUGUAAAAAGAAUGGUAAAUCAAUGAUAUUCAAUGAUGAAUCUAUUUUAUUAACAUCUAAUCAUUUUUUUCUAUAUCGACAUCCAUAUUAUCUUGGUUAUUUGCUAAUGCUUAUGUCAUGGUCAUUACCUUGCGGUUCAACAUCUAUUCCAUGGAUGCUACCUACAUAUUAUUUACUCGUUGUAUGCCAUAAAAGUCACUCAUAA